AGCUCUACUCGGUGAAUCAUCGGUCACGCUUUUUUGACUCCGAGUAAGACAUCUUCAUUUUUUUUUUGUUGUUGUACAUCUCACUUCCGUGUUUGCUGUCUCAUCACGAAAUCCUUCAUAUCUUCAUAAAAACACACAAAUAAUCAAGUGUUGCCUCUAAGAUGGCUAUGGUGAAGAGUGGUUGGCUCCAUCGACAAAGUACCAUACUGCGUCGGUGGAAAAGAAACUGGUUUGACUUGUGGUCUGACGGACGACUUAUGUUCUAUAAUGAUCAACAACGGCGCGACAUGGAGGACGACAUCCACAUGAGGGUCGACUGCAUUAACAUCCGCAACUCUGCUGCAUGUCAAGAUCUGAACCCACCGGAGGGGAAGAUGCGUGAUGCGUUGCUCCAGAUAGUGUGCAGAGAUGGACGGGUUAUCAGCCUGUGUGCCGAUAGUGCAGAUGACGCUCUGGCAUGGACCAUGGCUCUUCAGGAUGCCAGAAUUAAUGCGGUGGUUGCUACACCUCAGAUCGGCUUUGCACAGGAAGUGAUGGCAUCUGCUCCUCCCCCGUACUCAGAAUAUGCUCCUCCACCUCAGCAGGGUUAUGCCCCGGGCCCGUAUGGAGACUAUGUUGGAUUUCCACCACAGGCUACACAGAUCGUAUACUCUGCUGACGGGCAGCCCUACGCUGUAGCCUAUCCUUACCAGUACCAAGGUGGGUACCCCGCUCCCGGAGUGAACCACGUUGUUAUUCAGGAACGCCAGCGUGAAGACGGAGGAGACGUGGCGUUGGGAAUGCUCGCCGGAGCAGCAACUGGUCUGGCACUCGGCUCUCUCUUCUCCGUCUUCUAGUGUCUUUAUUAAUGUCCAUCUAGUAGCAAACCGUCCCCCCCACCCCCCCGUAUUAGCAGCAUUUGGCCUCUUCUCUGUGCCAUCACAGGAGUCGGAGUAAAAUAUGUCUGUUGGGCUACUUCCAUCUAUGAAGCAUGAUUGUGAUGGGCAGUGAUUUACUCCCUAUGUGUUCUAUAUAUACAGUAUAUAUAUAUAUACACAGUAAAUACUGUUAGCACUUUCUCAUAUCGCCCUGUGUGGCAGUUUGCCACCCCCUUUGUGUUGUCUGAAUAUGAAUGUUCUUAACCAAAAAAUACAACAAUUACUCACUCACUGAGUCAAUAGAGAUG